CAAACUUUGUCAGAUUUCAAAUGCUGGCCUGAUAUAUGGGACGAAAAUCUCCGGGAGUACUUCUAACUUCGUAUCGCCUUAUAUUUCUGAAAGGGUUUAACUAGGCCAUAAGGCUCUUGAUAGUCCCAUUCGCAUGGCGGGUGUCGUGGGAAAAUUGAGGGCAGAUGGAUAUCCCGACUUGCGAGUUGAUUGACAGCGACAAGACCUCGCCUCCACAGAUCUUUCACGAAACAGUAUUUGGGCAGGCGUAGAUCGGCUCGGUGCGGCGAAGAAUGUGUACAUGGUCUUGUCUUCUUUGGCAUGGACUCUUUUCGAGCCAUGCUAACGCGGAACGAGCAAAUGCUGGGGCUUGCCAAGUGACGCUGCUCCCAUGCAUUCAGUCGGCUGAGGAUUUGUGCAAGGGGAUGCUGGCCCGAAACAUAUUUCACCCGUCUUCCAGUCCCUUGCAUCGAUUUUCAAUUGGACAACUUACCGGUCCACGAAAUUCAAAAGAGGCCGGCGGAAUAUACACAUUGUUAACUAACUAACUAACCAAGUGAGUUAAGUGACUAGUCGGCUCGCUCAUCAUCCACCCUCCGCAUUUUUGCUGCCGUAGCAUCCCCUUUGGCCCACAUUUUAGCUGCGGGAGGCGGUAACUAAUAGCCACUGCCUGGUUGAAGGCAGGUUCGUCCCGAGAAAGAAUCGAGAGCGACAGUGAUGGUAUGUACUCCGUACGGAGUACUCCGUACAAAGAGUCCGAUUAAGUUGGUCCUAAUAAUAAUUCUUAAGCCUGUUUCAGCCUUCCUUAGGGAGCUUCACCAGCCAGGCUCUAA